GCCCUGGGAGAACAGAGGGGGAAGGCUGCGAGUAAAUCCUCCCUGUGCGCACCCCCAACACACGCCCCGGCCAGGGCAUCCUACUCAGGGUCUCUUGGGAGCGGAAAUUCCGCUUCUUUUUUGCCGCAGGAAGAGGAGUUGCCUAAAUUAAAAUAAAAAAGGCGCCAAGAAGGGGGCUGGGCUAGGCUGCACCGCUCCCCUGCCCGGGUCUGUUUCCCCGCGCUGCAGCCAUGCCCGCCGCAGGAUCCGAGCUGCAGAGCCAUCUGGCCCCGGAGCCGAGAGCCGAGUCCCAGGAUGCUGCCGCAGCCGCCGCCGCCAGCCCGGGCUCGGACCCCGGCUCCAGCCAGCAGCCCCGGCAGCACGGGGAGAAGCAGUAUCUGGGCCAGAUCGAGCACAUCCUCCAGCACGGCUGCAAGAAGGAGGACCGCACCGGCACCGGCACCUUGUCGGUGUUCGGCUUGCAAGCCCGCUACAACCUCCGAGAUGAGUUUCCUUUGCUGACAACCAAGCGUGUGUUCUGGAAGGGUGUGCUGGAGGAACUGCUGUGGUUUAUUAAGGGUUCCACAAAUGCUAAGGAGCUCUCUGCCAAAGGAGUGAAAAUCUGGGAUGCCAAUGGAUCUCGAGACUUUUUGGACAAGCAAGGGUUCACUACCAGGGAGGAAGGAGAUUUGGGACCAGUGUAUGGCUUCCAGUGGAGACAUUUUGGGGCAGAAUACAAAGAGAUGAACACAGAUUAUUCCGGACAGGGAGUGGAUCAGCUACAAAAAGUCAUUGACACAAUCAAAACCAACCCUGAUGACAGAAGGAUCAUUAUGUGUGCUUGGAAUCCCAAAGAUCUUCCUCUGAUGGCACUGCCGCCGUGCCACGCUCUCUGCCAGUUCUAUGUCCUGAACGGUGAGCUUUCCUGUCAGCUAUACCAGCGAUCUGGAGACAUGGGCCUCGGGGUGCCAUUCAACAUUGCCAGUUACUCCCUGCUCACCUACAUGAUUGCUCACGUCACAGGCCUGAAGCCAGGUGAUUUUGUGCACACUCUGGGAGAUGCUCAUAUAUACUUGAAUCAUGUUGAGCCACUGAAAAUUCAGCUUCAGCGAGAGCCAAGACCUUUCCCUAAGCUCAAAAUUCUUCGAAAAGUUGAAACCAUUGAUGAUUUCAAGGCUGAGGACUUCCUGAUUGAAGACUACAACCCUCACCCAGCUAUUAAAAUGGAGAUGGCCAUCUAAAGUAGCCUGAUGCCCAGCUGAAAAUGUGUUCCAUCUUUUCCAGGAUACUAUGCAGACUGUACAUUGUUGCAAAGCCUCUUUGUUUUGGCAAACAGGAUGUAAUUUAUAUCACAGAGAAGACAUGAAAAAGGGUUAGGAGCGGAGAAAAUCUAAUUCACACUGUGACAUAAACACAGGUCCUCAGAGAUCAAUUAUCUUAUACACACACACACACACACACACACACACAUAUAUACACACACAUAUAUAUAUAUAUAUAUACACAUAUAUGUAUAUGUAUAUAAAAUGAUGCGAUCUGAAAUAAGUCCACAAACUACCUGACAACUUUAGCAGAAGUGAAUGCCAUCAUUCCAAAUGUAUGGAAUGGUUAUAAACAAAGCAACAGUUUUUGUCUUAUGUAAUUAUUAAAAUAAAGCGGUUCUCGCAUUCCGGAGUAGGUUUUCUUAUUCUCUAAUGCAGUACAGCUGUCUCACUACACACGAAUUCUCUAGUCCCUAGGAGAUCUCAAACUAUCUAUCUCCAUCAACAGAUGCUUUAUGGAGCAUUUACUAAGUGCAAAGCACUGAAGCAGGCAAGGUACAAGACAACUAAAAAGUCAGUACUUGACUUUUUUUCCCAUUUAAAAAUUUAUUAGCAUGUAAAAUUUUUGUCACCAAGAAAGAUGGGAAAUACACACGUUGCUACACAAUGAAUGCAUAUAGACGACAAAGCAAAUAAUCUGUGGAAGUCACUCGUAACAUACUUUACGUAUAGAAUUGUACUUCCUGAAAUGUGUCUAUGUCACUUUUUACAGAUGAGUUUCACUAUUGGUUAGCUUUGCUUGUUAUAGAGUCUGAACUGAAUGAACCAUGUGGCCAUCAAAUUCUACUGGCUUUAGGAAAAUAUUCCCUUCUAUAAUAAUCCUUUCUGGAUUUCAGAAGUUUCCUUUUUUUCCCUAGGGAAUGGAUGGCAUAUAGGAAAUAAGAGUUUCAGCCAGGUGGAGUCAUGAAAGCUGCUGGUUCCAGCAAUGUCUUUGGGCCUGGCCUUGCCACACAGAGGCCUGUUCUUAUGGUGUAUGUACCUAAGGCAGGGCCCAGAAGAGCAGAGUUUUGAUGGGAACUUUCUUGGAUGGGGGAGAGGGGGACAAGGGAGGGAUUUCACAUGGCCUAGCCUUGUCCCCACAAACAUCCUGCUUUAUUUGAACCGUAUUUAUCUUUUCAAAACAAUAAUGGGUCACAACGGUACCUGUGUUCUAGAGUGACACAGCCUUGACUCCAGUGGUCUAGUGCUUGGGUAUGCUCGAAGCUACUUUAUUCUGGGGAAGAGAAGGCCAAUAAGGAGCUUUUGGGCAUAAGGAUGCUGGUGCCCUUUUGGAACAUGCUCAUUUUCUUUGGUCUCGAAUUGCCUGCACAGGAGAAUCCCUGCCAUCAAAGAGACUCCAAAUGCCACUCCUACAAGAAGUCUGCCCUCACCUCCAGACUCGUUAUUUGUGCUCACCCCUUUGAAAGUAAAUGUUUUGUGCUGACUUCUCUGUGUUUGUGUUGUUUCCUCUCAAAGUAUAUAAGCACCUGGAGGGCAAGGUUAGGUUUUUGUCUUUGUAGUCUCUCAGCAUCCACGGCACACCCAGGGCCUGGCCCAGGACUCAGGCCUGGCAGUACCGUUCUCUCUUCAGGGCCUAGCCUUCCCCACUUCUAUUCUUUCUCAUCUACUACUGUGGCUGUGUAUACUGUGCGGGACAGCAAGUCAGGGCCCGUUCUCAUUCUGCCUCCUCCCAUCUAGUUCUUUGACUUGGGGCCAGUCACUUCCUACUCUGCCUAGAUUUCUUCAUCUGUAAAAUGAGGGCAUUAGCUUGGACCUAGAAGACCUCUACCUCUAAAAUUCUCUAAUUCUGUAUCAUUUCAUUACCCUUAACCCUACCCCACCCCCCAUUAUUUGGGGUUACUUGUAGAGUUAGUGUAUAUUUAUGGACUACUGAAUAAAUGUCAUAAGAUAUACUUGACCUUUAUCUGCACAAUAAAUUUUUAAAAUGUUAGCAUUUUUCUUAGUAUAAAAUUCAAGCAAGCAAUAUUGCAAUAUGGAACAAAACUAUGGAAAUUUCCCAUAACUUCCCAAGCUCCCUUGCUAUGAUUUAAUUAGGGAAUUGUAAUGAAUCUUUCCAUCUAGACCUGCCUGAUUUACCCAUUCAAAUACAGGGUGUUUCCUGAAGUCUGGACACAGCAAAAACGCAUAUUUUCAAGAAAUGAAUGAAAUUUUCAACAACAUUUUAUUUAAUUGGAAUAUUAACAAAUAACAUCUUCAAUAUGAUUUCCAUCAUUUGUGAUGCAAAGGUUGAUGCGCUUUGCAAGAUUCACAUGAACUCGAUGCAAUAACUCCACAUUGCCGUCAGUUUUAGCACAUUAACUCUUUCUGUGUUCAGUCAAGUGUGCUGCAUCUGUGAUUUUCACUGAGUACGCCUGCUCCUUUAGCAUACCCCAGAAAAAGAAGUCAAGGGGCUAAGGUCUGUUAACAUUC